UUGCAAUUUUGCAUCUGUGUCGAUGGAUGUGCUUUGCUUUCGCUUCUCUACUAUUUUUAAAUAAUAUCGAAAUAAUCAAAGUUAAAGAUUUCAGGAAAAUAAAAUAACUUGUACUUUCUUUUCAAUAUAUUAAAUGCAACUUAGUGUUUUCGGUUUAAUAUUUAACUCAGUUUAUGCGGUCGCGUAGUCAAGUGCCCUACAUUUCAACACUUUUUAUUCAAAUGGAAGAGAGUUGUGUACAUAUAAUGUUUCUGUUUAAGGGAGUGACUUAAUGUUGUGUUUGUGAUGGAAUACUUGUUUCGAAUAUCGUCCGGUCAGAUAGGCAUUGAUUGAGAAACUCUUGUUAUGUAUACUUUAAUAGAAAUAGCUUUAAGUGUGGGGGUGCUCGUCACUCUCGUUACCGUACUUUCAGCAUGUGUCUGUGGCUGCAAGAAUUCCAACCAGAAAAGUGAGUUGGUUGGUACGGCCGGUGUGGUCAAAAUUCGUUUUGAUGAGGAAGCCCCAUCUCCAACGCCUACCACUCCGGCCUCUAUCAAGCGAGCGUCUACUCAGAACAGUCAGCGAAGUUUGCCAGAAAUACCGCAUGCGGUCGGAAGGCCCGAUAGCGGAGAUACCGCGUCAGAAAUUUACGCCACCGUCAACUUGGAUGAAGGUGACAAGACAGUAGCGACGGCGUCCACGAGCCGGGACCACGCUUACGAGCACGCCUACGCCAAAGUUCAGAAUGAAAGCCAUAAUAUUCUGGUCGAAGUGACGACUGAUGAAACACCUGAACGAGAAAUCCAAAUAGAUGAAAGGGAAGUGGGACAAAAUCCUGCAGAAUCGGUGGUAAUAUCGGCUUCGGUGGCGAUAAGCGGGCAGCUACCUUCGAGCCAGGAGUUGCCUUACAUCACGCCGCCCUCGCCUCGGCCUAACACUGAUAAUACAACACAUUUCAGCGGAGAUUCUACUGACUCAGCUAAGGGCUACACGAGCAUAUCAGUGCGAGAACCGCUGAGUAACAUUCGUGCUCAGAGCACCAAGCAACCAUCACAGCCGCACUAUGCCACAGUAUCGGAUGACUCCGAUGAGAUGUACGCAGCGAUCGAAGAGGCGAGCGUGGGUGAAGGUUCGGACACAUACGCUCAGAUCUCCACCGAGCCUCGCCGACGGGACCCCACGCCCGAUCUACUACAUUCGGACCCCACUUACGUCGCUAGACGCAGUGCCCCGCCCGAUGUUGGUGCAUCCACGUCUAAUGCUACACACUCCAGACAAGCAUCGUCAUCAUCAUGUUCAAACUCAACGGGAGCGUUAGGCUCUCCGAAGCCUGAGAAGCGGCAAGCCAACUCGCCGCUGCCGCCGCCGCCUCACGCCACGGCUUCACACGUGACGUCACACGUCACGUCGCAUGUGACGUCACACGUCACGGUGCACGCGCCGCACAACAUGGCGCACGUGACGUCACACUCGUCCGCACAUGCGGUGCCGCGACAGCCCGCCAUAGAACAAGCACAAAGACACCAGAGGAUGUCAAGUACAGGUGAUCUCCAUUUCAAUCAUGACAAAUUACGACGGAGUCUCAACGAAAAACACCAACGAAAUAGUAGUUGCGUCAGCUCGUCUGAUUUUUACGGUUGCAAUUACCCAGUUGAGAAGCCUCGGAUGUUUAGUACUAGUUCCGGGGAUUUAGUAAGACCUCUUGUUGCUAGAGAAAUGAACAUCGAUAUCGACCAACGUGAUAGUCAAACUGACAAUCUGUACAAUUCUAUCGACGGGCCCGGCUUCAGUGACUAUUCGUCGGCAGAUGCCAACACCAGUUUAAAUUCAGAUCGUCGUGUCACUGAGAGUCCUUCGCGCAACGUAGAAGAGAUGUAUGCUAAGAUAAUGAAAAAAUCUAAAGGCAAACCAGAGGAGACGGCUAAACGAUCAAAAGAUUUCACUGGUGCUGAUGCCGAGCCACACACGUCGAAAUACCGAGGCGAUGAUCCAGGGUACGAAACUAUAGACCGUAAAAAAUCUAUCAAUCAUGGAUACGAAACCAUUGCGCACAAAGAGCGGAAAUCGUCUCAAAAUCAAGAUCCGGGGUAUGAAACAGUUAAAGAUAUAAGCAAAGCAGGACCAAACUCGAACUUUUCAAACAAUAACUUAUUGAAACUAAAUCAUCUAGCGGUUGAUAGUGGUCCUAACAGCAUAGUCAGCAGUGAUGCCGGUUAUGAGCAUAUUUCUAAGACUGAUAAUAACGCUUCAGAUUCCGAUCCGAAUUACGAAGUGCUGAGGAACCAACCGCCAACUCCACCUUAUGCAACGAUCGCGCCAAACUACAAAGUGCAACCGACCUACUCCACGGUCAAUAAGAAACCCUCCAAGUACAAUAACUGGCCUGCAAACAAUAACGAAGAACCCACCCUCGAGCCCAAUUAUGAGUCAAUGCCUCAUGACCCUCUCUAUAACACGGGAAGUGAAUCAGAUCCCAAUUAUGAAUCAGUUCGUCCCAAAGACCCCAACUACGAAAGUGUGAGUGCACAAGAUCCAAAUUAUGAAUCACUGAGAUGCAAAGACCCCAAAUACGAGUCGGUACGAUCGAAGGACUCUAAAUAUGAUUCGGUGCGCUCCAAAAAGGAUCCGAAUUACGAAAGCGUGAAGUAUUUUGAGCUGUCGAAGUCGGAACCGCCAUAUGAAAAGGUUAACAACGAAGCAUCCGGGAGUAGUAGUGUGGAGAGGUCUGACUCAGCAGCAGGAUAUGAGAAGAUUAGUGUACCAAACAGAAGCGAGCCUAAAACCAGUAUUAAUAACGGAGGGGACGCCACCGUCAGUGAUUACUUUCAAGUGUAAAUGUGCAACAAAAGAAUAUUAUAUAUGACUUUGUUUAUAAACAUUAUUACACAGGAACACAAGUGAUUUACAUGAAUAUUUUUUAUUAACAGUAUUCACGUAGGAUUUUGAGAUUGAGUGCUUUUUAUUUAUAAAAUUUUAAUAUUUCAGGGACUGUAUACAGCACCUCAACGUUAGAUAUAAUAAGUAAUAUCUUCCUUAGGUAUCUGUGAUAUAAUAUGUAUGUUAUGAAAUUUUUGAUUUUUGUUUUUAUUUCCGUAAGAUUUUAUAUGAGCAUUGAUAGACAUUAUUUUAUUCUAAAGACAAGAAUAAUUUGUUACGAAAUCUCCAUUUGAUAGUGUGUUCAUUAAGUGUUAUUAUUUUCUACACUUUGAUAUUAUGCUGAUGAUGAAAUGUAUGCGCGUAUUGUAUAUUGCAUGUACAAAAUGUAGAUUGUACAUAUUUUUUUUUUAAUUUUAAGUAAUUUA